AUGUGUUCGCUGCUCAAAGAAUAUGGGACUCUUAGAAACGUAUCGCUACUUAAUGGAACAUGCGGCAGAUCCUAGAGUAGCAGACUGGUUUUUAAUGAAAAGUCCGUUUCCAUUAUUAGCAAUUGUAUCACUUUAUCUGUUGUUCGUCCUUCAUCUUGGGCCCUUAUAUAUGAGAAAUCGAAAACCAUAUAAUUUGAACAGGAUUAUGAUUUUUUAUAAUAUUCUGAUGGCAAUUGCGAGUGGAUCUGUAUUUUAUGGGCUACUUACUUCAGGUUACACCACAAAAUACUCUUUGAGAUGCGAGCCUCAUAUAGUUUCAUAUGAUCCCGAGUCUUAUCGCAUGGCUAGAUGGGUGUGGAGGGUCAUACUGUUGAAAGUUUUCGAGUUAAGCGACACCGUCAUUUUUAUUUUAAGGAAGAAAUACAAUCAAGCGUCAUUUCUCCACAUCUAUCAUCAUACAUUAACUGUUCUUCUUUCAUGGAUCGCGUGUAAAUUUGUCCCAGGGGGUAUGUGGACGUUUACGAUUAUGAUAAAUAGUCUCGUUCACGUAAUUAUGUACACCUAUUAUUUGCUCGCUUGCGUUGGCCCAGAAAUGCAAAAGAGGAUCGCACCUUUAAAACAAUACAUCACAGGACUACAAAUGAUUCAGUUUAUUAUCAUGAUAUGCCACACCUUCCAAUCAUUCUUACCUUCCUGCGAGCCAAAUCGGAAACCCAUGGCUUUCAUCUACAUGUCUCAAAUUCUUAUAAUGUUCUAUAUGUUUUGUGAUUACUAUAAGAAAUCAUAUCUUAGAAAGAAGGCGGACUAAUGAUGCAACGAAUAGCAUAAGUUAAGGUUAUUUUAAGAACUACAAGAAAACAGCUGUAAACGUCGUACGUUCCGCUUUCUAUCGUUCAGCCAUCGAACUCGAUCAUUCUCGAAAAAAUAUUUAUUGUACGUAGUAAAUAAUCCGGUGAAAAUGUCAGAACGGAAAUAACCGAUGUAGCGUACGAGCGCAUUAGAAAAACACAUAUAGAUACAUCGGGAAUCAAGGACACGCAUGAAAGAACAGUAAAAUUUACGUAUAUCCCAGUCAGUUUGCAUUUUGCUCGUAGGAAUGCUUUUAGCUGAAUUCUUUUUUCUUCGUCUAUGCUGUUCUCAUCCGGAUCGAAACGCAUUAUAUUUUGUUCCGCGUAAUAUCGACACAACGCAACGACGCGACCUGGCUCGCAAGAACAUAAUCAUGAUUGAGAUUUCAUUAAAAUUUAGCUGACAACCUGAUCAAUAUUAAUGUUACAUAUUUUAAUCUUUUUCCACUUGCGAGAGGCCUGGACGUUGAUAUUCCUGUUUCGAUUUUUACUUUUGUUCAUGUACAGGGUGAUCCAUAGAACGGGGUUGAUGUUCUUUUUGAAGUAAAAAUACAAAAAUUAUUUUAUGUGGACUUACAUUUAUA